GGGCGUGUCGAGGCGCGUCUUCUUCCUGCACUCUGUUUAGAAUUAUCUCUCUAAUUAGACUACAUAGACAGCUGCACUGUAGAAUAGCAAUUGGUUUACGCUUGGAUCACUCAGAGGGCAACAUGACUUCAUACACGUGGAUUUUACUUAUUCUGGCAAGUCUUGCGGCAACAAGAGCACAAGAAUUGGACCUCUCUGAUGCCCUUUUUGAUGAUGAUGAUAAGCCUCCUGCAAAGCCAACGGUGAAACCAGCCCCACCAAAAAACUCAAAUCCAGAUUUAGAUCUGUUAGAUGCCUUCGAUUUAGAUCCGAAAAAACCUGCUGUGGUUACCCCCAAACCAGGAAAUGAUAAAAAGAAACCAUCUGGAGGUGAUCUUGAUCUCUCCGAUGCAUUUGGUCCAGAUGAGGUGACCAAAAAACCUGUCGUUCCACCCAGAGACAGAGGAACAGGUGGUGGAUCUUUUGAUGACAAAGACCUUUUUGACGUGAAUGCGGGGGGUGAAUAUGUGCCUGAUAAAGGCCGAAUUGGAGGGGGAGGAGCAGCAGACCCUGGUUAUGAUGAUCAAAGCGGUGGUGGCUCUGAACAACCUCAAGGCGGAGCCAUGGCUGCCAUUCUCAGUUCUGUGGGUGUUGCUCUGCUCGGUGCCGCCUCGAGUUACUUUGCAUAUCAGAAAAAGAAACUGUGUUUCAAAGUACAAGGAGGGGAGGAUCCAGAGAGUGGCAAAAACCGUGGUACUCAGUCUGAUCCACAAGUUCUCAGCAACCUCCUCCGUUCAUCGUAACUGCAGUUGGAUCUGCGCACUGAAAGAAUAUGCACAUUUGGCAUGGACCGUUAUGGAGAGCCUAACCCUGUGGGAAAUAUCUGUUAUAUGAAAGACUGGUUUAAGGCUAAUUUUAAAAAAAAUCUUUUUAUUUUAUUUUAUUUUUAUUGUAUUGCCUCUGACCAUUUUGUUCAAGAAUUUUUUUUUUGUUUCCUCCAUUUUUUUUUUUUUUUUUUUUUUUUUUUCUUGACUAAUUGUUCAUCUUUGAAAGAGGUAAUGUCACUAAAUGGCUUUUAGUGUUCUUUUAGUAUUUCAUGUGCCAAAGUAAGAUUCUGCACUUUAAACUGACAAAGUUUACUAUUUUUGUAGAAGUUCAGCAAGUUUCAUAAAGAACUUGCUAUUGUAAAGCACGAGCUGUCUGUAUACAGAUGAAUGCAUCAGUUGUUUUUGUUCAUUCUUACAUUACAUGCAUAAUCUGAAUUUAUAGAUGCCAAUCAGACAAAACACUGAGGAGGAGGAUGAUGAUGUAUGCUGAUGAGAAUUGAAUUGACUGGUGACAAUGUCAACUAAAAUAAAAAUAACAUGGAAUGAGUUUAAAA